CCGGCUCAUUCCACCAGUGAGCAAAACCGAGGGAAGGUCACGGAGCCACAGAGAGGCAGUAGGACCUCACAGCCCUCAACGCAUUUUCACGCCCGAGCGCUUAUUCUCCAGCCCGGUCUAGAACCCAGCCGGUCACCUGUCCCAUCCGCCGGUCCUCGGUGCGUCGUGUCCGGGCAGCAGCGUCCCCAGUUUGAUCCAGUUCCAGCUGAACAACGAGCCGUCUGCUAGAUCGGUAUCAUCAGGAUGAAGAUGAGACAGCUCAGAGCUCUGUGCGGUUUCAUUCUGCUCACCCUGGCUGUUCUCGCCAAAGCCAGGCCAAAAGCAGGUCCUGAACAGAAAUGUAAGUCCGGCCCGGUGGAUCUGGUGUUCCUCAUCGACAGCUCUCGCAGUGUGAGGCCACAUGAGUUUGAGACCAUGAGGAAGUUCAUGAUCGACAUCCUGAACACUCUGGACAUCGGACUCAACGCCACCAGAGUGGGAGUUGUUCAGUACUCCAGCCAGGUGCGCAGUGAGUUCACCCUGAAGGCACAUGCUAAGCUGGAGAACAUGGUGAGGGGCAUCAACCAGAUCAUCCCCCUCGCUCAGGGAACCAUGACUGGGCUCGCCAUCAAAUAUGUGAUGAACGAAGCUUUUACUGCCGAGGCAGGAGACAGGCCAAAGGUCCCCAACGUGGCUGUGAUCGUGACAGAUGGACGUCCUCAGGACCGUGUGGCGGAGGUGGCAGCCGAGGCCAGAGAGAAAGGCAUCGAGAUCUACGCCGUGGGAGUGGCCAGAGCUGACAUGACAUCACUGAGGGCCAUGGCUUCCCCGCCCUUCGAAGACCACGUUUUCCUCGUUGAGUCCUUUGACCUCAUUCACCAGUUUGGACUCCAGUUCCAGGACAAGCUCUGUGGAGUGGAUCUGUGUUUGGAGUCGGACCACGGCUGUGAGCACAUCUGUGAGAGCUCCCCCGGCUCCUACCACUGCCUCUGUCUGCCCGGAUACACUCUGAAUGACGAUGGGAAAACAUGUGCAGCCAUCGAUCUGUGUGCUGAGGGAAAGCACGACUGUGGACAACUCUGCAUCAGCUCUCCUGGUUCCUUCACCUGUGACUGCAACAAAGGAUACAAACUGAAUGAUGACAAGAAGACCUGUUCAAUGAUCGACUACUGUUCGUUUGGGAACCACAGUUGUGAGCAUGAGUGUGUGAGUGUGCUCAAUGGCUAUCACUGCCGCUGUAACGAAGGAUACAGGCUGCUGGAUGACGGCAAAACCUGCCAGGCCAUUGACCUGUGUGCUGAGGGAAAGCAUGACUGUGAACAGAUCUGCAUCAGCGCUCCGGGCAUCUUCACUUGUGACUGCAACAAAGGAUUUAAACUCAACAAGGACAAGAAGACCUGCACAAACAUGGACCUGUGUAACACGGUGGAGCACGGCUGUGAGCACCAGUGUGUGAGCACUCCAGGAUCCUACUACUGCAUCUGUCCUGAGGGCCAGCUGCUGCAGGAGGACGGCAAGAGCUGUGGCACCUGCAAGUCUGCCAACAUCGACCUGGUGCUUCUGAUCGACGGCUCAAAGAGCGUCCGGCCCCAGAACUUUGAGCUUGUCAAGAAGUUUGUUAACCAGGUCGUGGACUCUCUGGACGUGUCUGCUCACGGCACCAGAGUUGGUCUGGUCCAGUACUCGAGUCGGGUCAGGACAGAGUUCCCUCUGAACAUGUACCACACUGCAGAUGAGAUCAAAGCUGCUGUCAUGAAGGUUGAAUACAUGGAGAAAGGUACGAUGACAGGUCUGGCUCUAAAGCAUAUGCUGGAGAACAGCUUCUCAGAGGCCGAAGGUGCUCGUCCUUCCAGUCGCAACAUCCCCCGAGUCGGACUGGUUUUCACAGACGGACGCUCUCAGGACGACAUCACCGAGUACGCCAAGAAGGCUAAAGAAGCCGGCAUCACCAUGUACGCUGUGGGUGUAGGAAAAGCUGUGGAAGAUGAGCUUCGUGAGAUUGCAUCAGAACCUUUGGAGAAACAUUUCUAUUACACCACUGACUUCACCGCCAUCAGCACCAUCGCUGAGAACCUCAAACUCAAUGUUUGCCCAGAGGAGAGUCAGGGGGAGAUUGAGGUGAAGGAUCCUUGUGCCUGUGAGAGUCUGGUGGAGUUCCAGCAGGCCACCAUGAGCAACCUGGAGCAGAUCACACAGAAACUGGCCGGGAUGACCGUCCGUCUGGAGCAGCUGGAAAACCAGCUUCUUUCCAGGAAGUGAUCUGGUCAUCGCGGUGACCAAAUGGGACAUCACAGAGGGAGACAAGCAGGAUAAGGAAAAGGAUGGCACAUCCUGACAAAAUCAAUAAAGGGGGAACUGAAAACCCUUCCCAUCAACACACAAAACCAAAAGAAGUGUCCUCUCACUAAACCUUUGUAGCCUUCGGUAGCUCUGUUGCUCUUCAUGCUCAUAGGAGUGUAAGAAUUAUUGGAAAGUUUGUGAUAUAGAAUCAAAUUUCUGGCACAGUUGUAAAUUACAUAAUUAUGUAUGCUUUAUUCUUCACAAAGAAGAAGAAACAACGACAGCACAUAUACUUUCUCAUCAUUUGUAGCAUGUUGAAUGACUAUCAAUGCAAAAGUACAACACACACGAUGAAUACAGUCAACAUAUUAUCAACAUUUGUCCCUGAGCUCAGUGUAACUUCUAUUAAUGCACUUCAUCUGUGCACACAGAGGAUCACAGGCAUGUUGGCUAGAAGCUAGAAGUAAUCAAUGUAGAUAUUAGAUAUCAGCUCAAAACAUUAUUCGUCUUUCAGUGUUCGUUCAUAGUCACACACCACCCGUCUGUUUCUUUUAGUGCUCUAUUUAUACUUGAUCUGUUUUGUACGGUUUGUUAAAUAUGAUGUAUUUAUAGCUAAUUGAUCUUUUUUUUUCUUUUUUGUACCAACUGUAGAAUAGAAGAUAAAAAAAAAGUCAGAAGUGGGAGGACAGGAAUUCUAAAAUGAAGUGUUAUUACCACUCCCAGUACUAAAGUGGCUCGGCUCUUUCUGAGAUAACAUCACUGCUCGCUUGCCUGCAGACUCUCAGUUGAAUCUACUCCGGUCCGGCUUUGAAAUGGGUUACAAUUUGUAAUUUUUUGAAAAGGGAAUUUAAAGUUUCAAGCAUCACUCUUUGCUAAAGCUGUGGUCUGUUGUGGAUAGAGGAAGAUAAGAAGGUAUUAUAGGAAGUAGAACACGAAGUUUUACCAUGAAUAAAUAUGUCUUUUUUCCAUACAGCAGCUUCGUUCUGCUGUCUAGAUUAGACCACAGGGUGCACUCACCGUGUUCCUGUUAGUUUACAUACGUACAGAUCAUGUCACCUGCAUUUCUUCAUUCUUGCUGCAGAGUGUGCUGCUCAUCAGUACAUGUCAGCAGGAGCAACAAGAAGAUUCAACUCAGACCACUGACGUUUUACAUGUAAGGAAGUCCCUGCAUCACUCAGUUGUUUUCAUCAGCCUGUUUGUAAAUUCAUGCUACUGCUUCAGCCACGAUAGUGUAGGAUGUCUUCUCUCUUAUAGUUUUAUUAAAAAAAAUAUAUGAAAAAGACCACCAUAAAUUUAUAGCCCUUUAUAUUUAAAUGCCUGUAUGUUUUUGUAUAUUUUCUAAUAGCUUUACAUUUUUUGUACUUUUUAAAUGAAUCUCUGUAUUAGAGCACAGAAGGCAAUAAAGGAGUGAACUUUU